AUGUGCCAACAAUUCCUCUGCGCUCAUUGCCACUACACAGCAUUCGAUCGAUGCACCUUUGCCCGGAGACUAAACAAUCGUCAAAUGCACCCUGCGACAUGUCCGAGUUUUGAACAAGAGUUACAUGAGAGAAGGUUAUGUUCUACUUGCAAGGCUGUGGACGAAGCUACUUUCAGACUCUACACUUGGAUCGAAACCCAGGGUGGAGAUCGCUUGCCCACUGAAGGUGGAGAAGCAGAGGAGGGGAGCUCGCCGCUGCGGCCUGGGGGUCAGCAUACUGAGCAAGAGCAACAGCAACAGCGACAGUCCUCAACUACACAAUUGCCAGCAACCGCCUCGAGUCAGUCUGGCACCCAAAGCGCCAUGAAAGACAAUCCAGCUGAAAUCGAGCCAGAAGCCACCAACCUCGACUAUCUUGAUCUGAAUAAGGUGCGCCCUCUUAGUGAUUCUACCAUUGCAAGCAGCAGCACGCUCCCAACAACGAUCGGUAGUUCAGCCGUACCAAGCAAGAGACAUUCCUGCGGCAGACCACAAGACCAACCUCCAUCACUGGUGAAACCUGAUAUCAAUGCUCCCUUCCAGCCAGUCAAGGCAAGACGCAUGAGUAAUCCGAGCGGAGCCUACAACACCGUACCGCCUGGUUUCAUCCCUGCCCCUCUUUCUAACGAAAAUGCACCCAUACUUCAAGCAAACACAACCCUGGUAGAAGGUCAACCCGCGCAAAGAAACCUCAACUUCCGGCCCCCCAUCAUCUCCAGCACCACUGACGGACCUACCGAAGCCGAUGACUCUAACCAAGCUUCCCUUAACAUCGGCGCCCUGAAACGCACAAUCUCAACCCUCACCUUCGAUGACCUUACUCCCCGAACCCGAACCGCAUUCCCAGCUUCAGAAGCCACCGAAGUACCUCCCGCUUAUGCCCGACCAAGGUCCGAGGUUGGACUGCCGCCGCUGUUGCCGGGCCAAACCGGAGACAGUAGCGAGAUGGAGGAGGAUGCUGUGGGACAUGAAGGAGCGGAAGGGCAGGCGGAUAGCAGCAGGGAGGCAUCUGACAGAGGAAGCAACAGAUCAGGGGAAAGACCGCUGUCGUCUCAAGAGUAUCUCAGUAGAGCGAGGUUGGAGUUGAUGGGUGACAGGCCUUGA